GUCUGUGUGUGUCUGUGUGUGUGUGAGAGAGAGAGAGGAGGACGAGAACUGAAAGGUGAAAAGGUGGAGAGACGCCGUCCAGGCGGAUUCAGUGUCGGUGUUCGGUGUCACAGGAUCUGAAGAGGAGUGGGAGACCAGAGACCGGCUCCUGCUUCGUUUCUCUUCUCGGACCUGAAACUUCUUUUUCCUCUUGAAGUCUGUGUGUGGCGUCUCGAUCUGAAGCUCUGAUUCUGUUUUCAGUGUCGACAUCUGGGAUUUUAUUCUGACGGAUGCUCAAAGAGACCCUGAAGACAAACAUAAAGCUGACAGCUAAUGUUCUCACUGAGGGAGUUUCCAGAGACAGACAGAGGUCUGUGCACUCAGCAGCUUCAUGCACAACUUCAACCACUGACUUUUAAAGCAAGCCUACCGGGUCCUGGAUCAUCUGUGUGUGUGAAACCUGCACAAAAAACAAACAACAGAAACAUUGUACUGCAAUAAUAAGUGAACAUUUUAAAAUUAAGACCUGCAGGAUUCUUGCAGAGUUGCAGGAUCUCAGCUCUGCUGUGAUUUCUGUGAAGUGUGUGGAUCGACUGUAGAGACAGAAAGAAACUUCAGACACAGUGAGGAGGAACGCUAACUGCCCCCUCAGUUUUAAAUGACAGAGAGAAACUACCUGAUACGAGACCCAACACUCGGCGACCAUCAGCAGAUGGAGAGGAAGGAGGUGAAGUUCGGCGGAGCGGCCGUGUCGCUGUCGGCCGACCUGAGUUGCCUGCAGGGCGGCGGGGGAGCAGAGCUGGCAACCCUGGAGAAACAGCUGAUCUGUCCGAUCUGUCUGGAGCUCUUCAACAAGCCGGUGGUCAUCCUGCCCUGCCAACACAACCUGUGCAGGAAGUGUGCCAACGAGCUCUACCAGCCCUCCUUGUUCCAGGCUCGCACCACCAUGAUGGUGAACAGCGGCCGUUUUCGCUGCCCGUCCUGCAGACAUGAAGUGGUGCUGGACCGCCACGGCGUCUACGGCCUGCAACGAAACCUGCUGGUGGAGAACAUCAUCGACGUCUACAAACAGGAAGUCAGCAACAACAACAACGCCACCAGCUCCGUCCCUCCUCCACCUCCCGCUCAGGUCACAUGUUCAGACCACGAGGGCGAGAAGGUGAACAUCUACUGUCUCACCUGUCAGGUUCCUACAUGUUCUCUCUGCAAGGUGUUCGGGGCUCAUCAGUCCUGUGAGGUGGCUCCUCUGACAGACAUCUACCAGCAGCACAAGGAUGAGCUGAGUGAAGAAAUCAGUUCUCUGGUGUCGGUGAAUACCAAAGUCCAGGCUUUGAUCGAUGAGCUGGAGGAGAGCUGCAGGAACAUCGAGGAGAACAGUGAGACCCAGAAGCAGAAUGUGUGUGACAGGUUCAAUCGAGUGUUUUCCAUCCUGGAGGAGAGACGAAAGGCGAUGACGCAGCGAAUCAGCUCCGAGCAGGAAGAGAAGACGGGUCACGCCCAGGCGCUGGUGCGUUGCUAUGGAGACAGCGUCCAGGCCAACACCAAACUGGUGGAGAGAGCGACGAGCAGCAUGGAGGAGCCCGACAUGGCGGCUUUUGUUCAGAAUUCAAGGGAGCUGAUCACAAAAGUGAUAGCAGCGACCGGCUCCUGUCCAUCUGAGACUCUGAAACCAGGUUAUGAGAGUUUGAGCCACUACAGAUAUAACUUCAGCAGACAGGAGAGAGCUCUGAAGAGCGUAGACUUCCUCAGCGUUGUGGAAGACGUUCCUGAAGAACCAGAAGUGGAAGAAGAGCCAGAAGAACCCAAUGAGCUGCCUGUCCAGAUCAUAGAAGCAAAACACCAUCAGGAAACCUCCACCCAGAACCUGGAAUCUGUUAUAGAACCAGUCAAAGAGCCAAUCCCAGCACCGAUACCCCCACCAGUAACACCAGUACAAACAUCUGCACCGACACCAGCUCCAGUAACACCAGUACAAACAUCUGCACCGACACCAGCUCCAGUUCCACCAGCUCCAGGUCUGGUGAUGGACUCUGAGGGGCCUGCAGUGGCAGUUCUGCAGCCAGAGACUGACAACAACCUGGACUUAAAUGAUGGAGGAUCGGGUCAGAUAAAUAAGAAGGAGGAGGAGAAGAAAGAGGAGGAUGGCUGUGCAGCUCCAGCUCCCAUUAAAGAGGAAAACAUCUGUGAACAUGAGGAGGGAAUGAGCACGAUACAGUCUGAGGGGGGGGAGGCAGAAAGUGAUGCAGGUGACUGGACGACACAGACAGAGGAGAAACACGAUGCUCGGGAUGAAGAAAUGCAGAUGAAGGAGGAAAAUGAUGCCACGUUUUACCCCAGCUGGUACAAACCCAACAGCUGGCGCAGGGUUAGCCCCGUCCCUGCAGAGAUCCUGCCAACGGUUCAUGAUACAGAUCAGAUGAUGUGUUCACCACAACCAGCUGGGGAUCCCCUUCCAGAGGCCGAGACCCAAAUACAACCACAGUCUCUGUGGAGUCUGGCUUCCCAACCUCCCCCUGGAACACAACAGCUACCACUUUCCACUGAGCUUCAUGCUCAAACGUCAGAAAACCAACCCCGGCCUUCAUCUCUUCUUCAUGAACCCCACAAGGUACCUGCAGAGCCGGGCAGUCCCCAAGUAAGACUGACAAGGCAGGAGACAGCAGGAGAAGCUGGUAUCAUGGAGGAGGAAAAUGAGGAUGAGGAGGACAUGCAGGGCUGGGUGUGCGUACCAGGGACUGUGGAUAAAGGUUUCAGUCUAGCAGAGGGUAGUUUUGAUCUUGGAGAAGAUAGUUUGAACAGCAUUUCUGAUAAGUAUGACAGUCCAUCAUCCUUACCACCAGAGGAGACUCGCUCUGGGCUUGAGAAAGAUAACUCAGAGAUGGAUAAAGCCAACUUUGAGCUCAGGCAUGGAAGGGCAGAUGAUUCAGAAGUCAGAAAGCAACAUGAUGAUAUUUUAGAUUUCGAAGCUGAGAUGAUGAAUGAAAGGCUGAGAAAGGAGAAGGAUGCUGUUUCUCUGAGUGAGAACAGCUCUGAACCUAAAAAUGGCACCCUGGAUGAAGAAGAUCAUGGAGUGGGGAGCACAGAUAGCUUCAUACAGACAGGUGGAGGCCCAGAGUUUGAGGCUGGUAGUAAAGAGGAGGAUGGAGAGAACAGAGAACAGCAUGAAGACUUUAACAGUGCUGCAGAAACUGAAGAGAAAAUAACCUCCUCUGAUUCUCUCCAGAUGGAGACUGAGACCGGGAGUCCUGCUCAGACCAGUCCUCCCUCCUCAUGUUCCUCUUUCACCCCCAGCGAGGCUCCUCGUCGACCCAGUUUCUGCUUCUCCUGGCUGAACCCGCUCCACAAGAAGAAGUAGAAGAGAGAGAGAGAGAGAGUGAUUGGAGAGGACGCUGGAGAUGAAAGAUGCGUCUCAUCAGCUCAGCCCUGACCUGAGACUGAAAACAUACUCAGGCUCCAGAGUUACAAACAUUUAAUCAACUAUCUCUGUUUUAUUUAACAGGCAGAGAUCUGCUCUGGAUCUGAAACACACAGACUCUUAUUUUGAAAAACCUACUGAGAUUUUUCUUUUGUUUUUAUGGAAGCUGCUGCCCUUCACAUCGGAGGUCUGCACGACUUUCAGGUUUAUGUUUGUAAGUAGUAAUACUGCAGUGAUUUGGAAUAGUUGUGGUACAACUAAUGAUAGCAGUUGUUGUAACAGGGAAAGUAUGACCUUUGGCACUGUUGUAGCAAGGCAGGGGCAGCUGCAACAGCAGAUCUGGCAUUUUAGUGUUUUAUUUGAGAAAAUCUGAUAAUUCUGACAAUAUUUAAUCUGUGAAACAUUUACCAUCAAAUGUAGUUAAAAGUUUGAACUCAUGCUGUUAGGUAAUGUUACUUAUUUCAAUUUUAAAAUGUGGUUUUAACAGCCUUUAGGCAGCCUGGAUAUGAGCUGCUGUAGCUUGAACAAGUUGUUAAUCAGCAGUUUAGUCGUAACAGCAGAUGCAGUAAAUGAUGAAGUAGAGUAGAAGUAACUGUGUUUUUCCUAUUAGAGUAUUUUCACAUUGUACUGGAGGACCAGACGACCAGUCUGACACAUUUUGAGCUGCUGAUUGUGGACGUCACAUGUGGUUCUGUGUGGUUUGGAUUCAUCAUUUUUUGAAAGUCAGCAGGUUUUUAUGAGUGUGUGUGAGUGUGUGUGAGCACUUUGAGUGAUGACAGGUGAGUUUUGUUUGAUGUCUACAUGAAAUAAAUCAGAUUUGACUCACCUGAAGUGUGUUUGUGUGUUUGGAGGUGUGUGUUUGUGUGUUUAGA